ACGUUACACACGACCCAGAACUAUGCUCUGUUCAUUUUGGUCCGCGUAGAUAAUUAGAGCACUAAAAGAAUCAAAACACUCCAUAGUCCAUUAGUCCAUACCGCCGAGCUCAUUAGUUCGAUUACCGGUUCUCUGAAGAAUCGACACCCAUUUCGCGUUUCACGGUUAGUUAGAAUUCUGAUUCAUGUACUCUAUAGUGUAGAGAAAGAAAAUGGUGAGUUCUCUCUAGAAUUACACCCGCAUUGUGUUCGAAGAGAGACGGGCCGUUUCUGUUCGAGCCCUAGAAUUUUGGGGAGAAAUGGAUCAGUACCUGGGAAGAACUGUGAAAAAGAAAUUCAAACGGUUCGGAGUAUUCACUGGUACGGUGAAGUCGUAUGAUUCGGAAAGUGGAUUCUUUGAGGUCGUUUAUGAGGACGGAGAUUUUGAAGAGCUUGACCUUUCCGAGCUCGCACCUCUGCUGGAAGGAUCGGAACCUGCUGAAGCUAACCUCACAAAGAAGUCAUCUUGUGUUGGUAGGAAGCCGAAGAAAAGGCGUCUUGUUGAGAGGAUGGGUAAUGCAGAAGCAAAUGAAAGUGGAAAGGGACUUAAUUUUGCUGACUGCAGCCCGAGGUUUAGAAAAACUCAAAACGGAGGUUUGAAUUUUAACUCGGAUAAUAACCAUCAUGGUGGCUUUAAUUUGGACUUGAAUGAUGGCCUUAAUUUAAAUAAUGAUAGCAGUGUUAGAGGAGUUGAGCUGGACCUGAAUAUCAGUGAGGGGUUGGAUUUAAACAAAGGGGUAGAAUUCAAUCCUGGGGAUGAUUUAGGGAACGAUAAAAUGAAUUUGAAGAGAGCUAAUAAUAUUGCUAUGAACAUGGAUGAGAAUGGAAGAAUUGACAGAAAUAUUGAGAAAAAUGAGUCAUUGGGGUGUGCCCCUAAGCUUAUUGAAGCAAUGUCACAUUCUUUUGAUUUGAAUUUAGGAUUGGAUGAAGAAACUAAGAACUUAGACACUGAUGGCAAUGUGAAAUUGAAGAGAAUUACCAUUUAUCAAGAUGAUGAAGAAACUCAAACAAAUGAGAAUGGCUCUCUUGCCGAGGCAUUUUGCUGCAAUAGCGUAGAAAACCUGUCAGUGGAUCUGGGUGGUGGUUUGGUUGAGAAUAGAUUUGAGGAUGAUGGUUUAGAGGGAGCUGACAUUCAGUUUGGAGAUGUGGCUAUCCUCAAAGAUGUCUUGGGAAAUGGUACGUGUUCAGGUGUACAAAAAGGAACACCUGUUAGGAAGAGAAAACUGCUUCCCGAUGCUCCUCAUGGUAUGACAGAGACAGUAUUGAGAAGAAGUACUCGUAGAGCUAGAGAAGCUUUGUCAACCCAAGAUAGCAUUCCUCAAGCCGUGGUGUCAGAUGAACGCAUUGAUCAUCUAUCAUCUCCUUCUCUUAGUGUGGUUUCAGAUGAGAAAAUUACAACGUCAGGUCAUGAAGUCCUUGAGGACCAAAAUGUUCUCCCCCCAAAGCCUGUGCUGCCGCCUUCUUCAAAUAGUUUGGAUUUACUUGGAAUUUCUGUGCUGGAUAUCUUCUCCUUGUAUGUCUUUUUGCGGUCAUUUAGUUCCAUAUUGUUUUUGAGCCCCUUCGAGCUGGAGAAUUUUGUGGCAUCCAUCAAAUGCAGCACCCCCACUUUAUUGUUUGAUUCCAUUCACGUUUCUCUUCUACAAAUGCUGAGGAAGCACUUGGAGACCCUCUCUAGUGAAGGUUCUCAGUCUGCUUCUAAAUGCCUUAGGUCUCUUAAUUGGGAUUUGCUAGACACGAUUACAUGGCCUAUCUUCAUGGUUGAAUAUUUGCUUAUGCAUAGUUCAGGACUGAAAUCUGGUUUUGAUCUUUGUCACCUAAAACUAUUUGAGUGUGACUACUACAAGCAAUCAGCUGCUGUGAAGAUUGAUAUUUUGCGUUGUCUUUGCGAUGAUGUGAUUGAAAUUGAGGUCAUAAGGUCAGAGCUCAGCAAGAGAAUAGUGGCGAGUGAGGCAAAUAAUGAUCUUGAUCAAAAUAUGAAGUUUGACAUUUUGAAGAAAAGAAGGUCUGCAGUGGAUGCUGCUGCUGGUUCAUGUUUGACCGAGGAGCUGGGAGACGAACCUGCUGAUGGGAACAGUGAUGAGUGCUGCCUCUGUAAAAUGGAUGGGAACUUAAUAUGCUGUGAUGGUUGCCCUGCUGCUUUCCAUUCCAAGUGUGUGGGUAUCGUCAAUAGUCUUCUGCCAGAGGGAGAUUGGUUCUGCCCUGAAUGUGUCAUUCAUAGAAAGGUUCCCUGGAUGAAAGUAGCAGGUUCAGUUAGAGGAGCUGAAUUGUUGGGAAUAGAUCCUUAUGGGCGACUGUACUUUAAUUGCUGUAGUUAUCUUUUGGUGUCUGAUUCAUGGGAUGAUGAGUCAUCAUUUAGGUAUUAUCACAGAAAUGACUUGCCUGCUGUUUUGAGGGCGCUUAAAUUAUCGGAAAUCGGUUAUGAUACUUUGCUGAAUUCAAUUUGUAGACUUUGGGAUGUAUCCUCUGUCAAUAAUGAGGCAAAAAGUUAUCUUGACUCGCAGCCCACAGUUAUUUGCAGCGGUAUUCCAGCAAUACCAAUGCAACAUAGCAAUAAUAUAUUUGGUGGGGGUAACCCGGUGAAAAUGCUAAUGAUCCCUCCAUGUACUAAUGAUCUAGGAUGUGAGAAGCCAGAGACUGAGAACCCUUCAACAAAGAUGGAAAGUCUAAGCGGAUGUUCUGAAGGGCCUGCUAAUGUGUUUCAAGCAUGUGUAAGCAAUGAAAAUUCUAAUGGAACUGGGAUGUCAGAUAAUUCUGAACUUUCCCGCAACAUUGAGAAUGAAAAUCAUUUGUUUGAAGAGGCAAAUGCUAAUGGAUGCACAAGCACCAGGGAUGGAUCAUGGAAAUCAAGUUCAGGAGCUAUAAUGCCAAAGCUUCAGUGCAUAGACACUUACAUGAACUUUUAUAGUUUUGCUCAAACAUCUUCAGCUAUUGUUGAGCAUUUAACCCAUAACCCAUUGGAUAAUAAACCUACUGAAAAUGCUUUAAGAUCAGAGGAGGAAGUAAUUUCAUCUCAGCUUAAAGCCAUAUCAAAUAAAUCUACCUACUUUUACUGGCCAAAUAUUCAGAAAUUAAAUGAUUCUUCUAGGAAAGAAAAAUGUGGAUGGUGUUACACUUGCAGAGCUCCUGAAUGUGAACGUGACUGCUUGUUUCUAAUGAAUGAUACUGGCCUAGACCAAGAGAGAUUUUCCAUCGAGGCAUUAGGCGUUAGUUUGCGUAAGAACAGGGAAUGCCAUCUUAUUGAUCUCAUAUGCCAUAUCCUUUGCAUGGAAAGGCGUUUACAUGGACUCUUGUUGGGUUCUUGGUUGAAUCCUAUGUACUCCCAAAUCUGGCUGAAAGGUGUUCUGAAUGCAUGUGAUGUUCCCUCACUAAGAGUUUUAUUGCUAAAACUAGAGUCAAACUUGCGUGAGCUGGCGCUUUCAGCCAACUGGCUUAAACAUGUUGAUUCUAUAGCUACACUAGGGUCUGCUUGUCAUAUUGUGACCGGUUCCUCACGUGUAUCUUCUAGACAUGUCAUCAUGAAAAAGAAGGCCCGGCGUUCAGAACAGGAGUCAAACUCAUCUUCAAUUGCUGGAAGUGGGUUGGGCUUAUUAUGGUGGAGGGGUGGUAGGCUUUCUCGUCAAAUUUUUAGUUGGAAAGUUUUGCCUCGUUCAUUGGCUUGCAAAGCUGCUCGACUAGGUGGGUGUAAGAAGAUACCUGGCAUACUAUAUCCUGAUGGUUCAGAUUUUGCCAAGAGAAGUAAGUCUGUAGCUUGGAAAGCUGCUGUUGAGACAUCUAAGAGUGUGGAGCAGCUUGCUCUGCAGGUCAGAGAUCUUGAUGCAAAUAUUCGAUGGAAUCAUAUUGGGAAUGCGAAUAUUUUAUCAAUUGUUGACAAGGAAUUUCAAAAAUCAAUAAGAUUCUUCAAAAAAGCGGUAAUUCGAAAAAAGUGUUCCGAGGGACCAGUUGUUAAGUAUCUCCUCGAUUUUGGCAAAAGAAGGUUUAUUCCCGAUGUCGUUGUGAAGUAUGGGUCCAAGCUUGAAGAGUCAUCAAGUGAAAAGAAAAAAUAUUGGCUGGAGGAAACCUAUGUUCCCUUGCACCUCUUGAAAGGCUUUGAGGAAAAAAGGAUUGCUCGAAGGUCCAGUAAGAUGACUUCCUCAAAUAUUCGGGAGAAUAAAAUAAUAGUAAAGAAACCGUUCAAGAACAAGGGAUUCUCAUACCUUUUCUCAAAAGCAGAGAAAGCUGAGAACUAUCAAUGUGGGCACUGUAACAAGGGCGUGCUCAUAAGUGAAGCUGUUAGCUGUUCGGACUGCAAAGGUUUUUUCCACAAAAGACAUGUGAAAAGGUCUGGAUCAGCUUUUGCAUCUGAAUGUAUGUAUACAUGCCACAAGUGCAGGGAUGGGAAGCAUCAUAAAAGCAAAGCCAAGAAGGUCAAAUUGAUCGCAAAAAAGAGUACGAAAACAUCCAAAACUUUGAGGAGUGUGUGUCCAACAACGAAGAGAAAGGGUACCAAGGAUAAACAACAGUCACAUUCUCAAAAUACUACCGAAGUUUCUGUUGUUGUUCCUCUUCGUCGAUCUGUUAGGACAGCUAAAAUUUUCCAUGUGCAAGAGAAAAAAGUUAAAAAGAAGGUUGGGCGUCCAAGGAAAAAGAAAACGAGAUCAAGAAAAGGCACUUUCAAGAAACCAGCAGAUGUUGUUCCGCAGAAGAAAAGAACACAGUUCUGUCGUAUUUACUGGCUGAAUGGCCUCCUGCUUUCACAGAAGCCUAAUGAUGAGCGAGUCGAACUUUUUAGAAGAAAAAGACUUAUUGUUCUUCCAGGCGAGUUGGGUGACACCACUGAUUCACCAAAAUGCUGCCUCUGUAGUGAACUAGAAUCUACACCUAACGUAAAUUACAUUGCAUGUGAAUUAUGUGGAGAUUGGUUUCAUGGAGAUGCGUUUGGUCUUACAUCUGAAAGCAUUAGUUGUCUAAUUGGAUUCAAGUGCCACAAAUGUCGUUGCAAGAGUGCUCCUGUUUGUGCUUCUGUGCAUUUAAUCAGAAACGAGGUGUUUAAACUGGCUGAUUUGAGUGAUAUGAAGCUUGAACUUUUAAACGCAACAUCGGUAGAAGUGAAAGUCCCGUCACAUGCACAAUCAAAGGAAUCUUCUCCUGAAAAACUUCAUGAUUCAGAUGGCAGAGAUGCUACCAUGUUGGAACUAGUGGGUUAAAGCAAUGGAUGUUGAAGUGACAGAGGCCCUAAUUUUGUUGAUACAAAGAUUUGAGAAUUUUAGUAAAGUGGAUAUUGAUGUACAGGAGGAUCUGGUUGUUUAGUUCCCAAGAAUUCUAUCAAGAUGGAUGAAACCCUAAUGUACUGAACCUCCACUGGAAGUUCAUCAGCCUAUCAAAUGUGGUUAGAAUCAAUCAAUUAUGCCAGCUAACCAGAGAACUGGUAAACAACAGCCAUUUUGGGAAGCAAAUGGUAAAUUGGUAGUUAGUCGGAUUAUUGAUUUCCCGUAUAGGCUGGUAAAAUACUAGGUGAACAAAGCAUGCAACCUACCUAGGUCAGUAGGCUAUAGCUAGUUUGACCCCAUACAAAUUGUUGUACAAUAGUAGAAUUUGACCUUGCGAAUCUUCAAUUAUCCGUGACUCUUGAGUUACAUUUUCUUAGCUAUAUAUUCUGACUGAUUCGUUGAGAUGGGAGAAUAUGGAAUAAGGUACAAGUGGCUUUGUUUCUCAUCUUAUCUUUUGAUUUCAAUCAAGCAGCAGUUUACAUGUA